AUGGGUCGUUUAAUAAUACUUGUAUUGUUAGCUAGCGAAUGUUACUUUGGAGAAUGUAAUAAGCAAGUCAUACCACCUAGUUAUUGUGAAAUUGACUUAGGAGUUCACGCGUUGAAAUUUGACUUUAGAAAACUUUCUGAAGUUAAUGAUGAUUAUAUUCUUGAGCAUGAAAGUACGAAUGAAACGAUCAAAUUUCAACUGUGUAAACCAUUGAAGAAAACUUGCAAUGAAGCCAGCGGCGUAGCAGGAUGUCUUAUUCGAGGGAACGAACAAAUAAUAUUAGGAAAAGUACCUGAGGUUCAACAUGAAGAUGGAAGAAUUUCAUUUAGCUAUGUCGGAGAAAAAUGUGGAGAAAAAAUUUAUUAUUCUUUUAAUGUGAUAAUGAUAUGUGAUUCCCAAGCUGAAUACUCAUAUCCUGAACUCUUUCCUUACGACCAAAAACAGUGCAAUUUUAUUGCUGUUUGGAAAACAAAACUAGCUUGUGGAGUUAAUUUUGAAGCAUCUGAACAUUCAGUUGAUUGUAAAGUGACCGACGAAAAAACCAAAACAUUUUAUGAUUUAGGAAGUUUAAAAAAAACGUCAGAUAAUUAUAUUGUCCAUAUAGAUAAUAAAUCAUCAAUAAUUUUAAAUAUUUGUCAUACAGUCGUAUUUGGAAGUGGAGUAGUUUGUCCAUUCUCAGCAGCAUGUUUGAGAAAUAGUACAAAUUCAACAAUUUAUUCAAGUAUUGGAGAUGUAGCAUCACCGAAAAUUGUAAAUGGUAGCGUUACUUUAACAUAUAGUACUGGUGCGCUUUGUGCAGACAUGACCCACAGUGAUACAACAAUUUCUUUUGUUUGUGAUUUUAAAGCUUACGAAACUCAACCAGCGCUUGGACAAUUGAAAGAUGAUUGUCAUUAUAAUAUUAUAUGGAAAACAAUCGCUGCUUGUGACAAUAAAAAAGCCGAAGAAUACAAACAAAAGACAUCGGCCUCCUGUAAAUUUACGAAUCCAAUCACUAAUUACGAAUAUAACUUAGAUUCAUUAAAAGGAGAAGAUUAUAUUGUAAGAUCAGCUAACGAUGAGUACAAAUUCAGUGUGUGUGGACCUUUGUUAACAAAUUUUUGUAAAAAAGGGAACGAUGAUUCGGCUGGCGUUUGUUCAGCGCAUAAUCGAAUAGUCGGUGGAAAAGCUAAUUCUAAAUUAAUUUCAACUGUUGGAGGUCUAUAUCUGAAUUAUACGGAUGGAUCGUCGUGUCAAGGAAACAGAAGUCGUUUCACAAUAAUUGCAUUUCGUUGUUCACCAGAAGGUUCCGAGGCUGUGCCUAUAAUAACUGAAGAAAGUACAUGUCAUUUGGUGAUUCAAUGGAAUACCUCAUUAGCGUGUGAAAAAAAGGUAUGACAGAAUUAUUUUUUACUUAUUUUAUUAUUUCUCGUAAUCUUACAAUAAAAUUGUUAUACAAUUUUAUAAAAAUAUGGCAAAAUAUAAACAUUAAAUUUACAUAUCACUCAGAAUCAAGAUAUAAUUAUAAGGUAAACCUUAGUACUACUUACAAAUAAUAAU